AUGAGUUCCAUACUAAAAGACGUCACAAACAGCCAUCUAAACGCCGUGACACGGCAUUCAGCAUCACCUAGUCAACGAGAGAAGCCAGAAAAGACUAUUCCAGAUUCCUCACUGUUCGUGUUGCCCCUAGCGCAGCCUCACAUUGUGGUAAAGGAAAAGACUGUCGUAAUUCCCAUUCCUCCAGAGGAAGCAUCAACCGAAUUGAAGAGGAUUCACGAGUGCCUUUUACGGCUGUUUCGGGGCAUGUCAGCCUGGAUGGCUAUGCACGAGUCCAUGUCUAAAACGGAGUUAGAGACUGUGAAGCAGAAAAUUCAAGAAGUGGAAUCUCUGUUUGGUCAGACCCGUGCACUCCAUGCCAUUCAUGAUCAGUUUGGGACCCAAAAAGAGCUGCCACAUCAUGGCUCCGGCGGCGAAAAGUCAGCCGAGGACCUGAUCUCAACCGAGGCGGGUUCGGUGGAUCGCCCGUCCUCGAUCUUCGCGCCUCCAGAGCCGCAGGACUCGCAACUGGUGAGGCCGCCCUCCGUUCAGCUCCCCACAGCCCCGCAGCCCGACACGAUGCGGCUUUCCCUCUUCGGAUCGAACCGAACGGCGGCGGGGAGCCCCCCUCUUCGGCGGCGUCCCGUCUCUGCGGGCAAAUUUUCCCUCGGCCGCCUUUCCUGGCCGCCGAAGGAGCGCUGUUGGGUUGCCAUCGUGGAGUUCAAGCGGCAGCGCAUGAAGCGGUGCGUCUCGGAGCGGCUUCUGGAUCCCGGCACCUACGUCAUCGUCCCGGGCGACCGCGGCUACGACUGCGGGCUCGUCGUGCAGUGCGGGGUGUGGGACCCCGCGAUGGACGGCUUCGACGCCGCGACGCUGCGGACGAUGGAGGCGAGCCCCCUCCCCCUCACCCGGAUGCGCGGCGAGGUUGUCCCCGUGAUGCGAGAGGCCACCACCGAGGAGGUGCAUCAGCUCUACGGCGACCAGGCGAGCAAGGAGCGACUGGCGCUCAAGACCUGCCGCGAGCUGGUGCUGAAGCUUGGGCUGGAGAUGACCGUCGUCGACUGCGAGUACCAGUUCGAUGGGACGAAAAUCAGCUUCUACUUCGAGGCCGACCGAUCCAUCGAUUUUCGGGACCUCAACCGGGAGUUGUUCCGAAUCUUUAAUGCUCGGAUUUGGAUGGAGAAUGUCAACAACGGGGUGAAGAAUGUGAUCCCAGAGGGUGCCAUAUCAAAAAGUGAUAAGAUUCAAUUCCAAUGCAGCGGAUUGCGACUCCCUCCUCAUUAA